GAGUGCGUUGAAAUGGAUUUUCCUCCCUUCUUCCAUUGCAUACCUUGUCUAGCCGGCGCUCAUCUAAACGGCACCAAAUGUCGAGACAUCAACGAAUGCGACCUUUACCAUCCUUGCGAUCCGAAAACAGAGUGUAUCAAUUUGAAUCCUGGGUUUCGCUGUGAACCUUGCCCACUAGGCUUCGACGGAAUUCAUGGUAGAGGCUUCUACUCCGAAUAUAUUGGACCCGAUUUUCGCAAGCAAACCUGCAAUGAUAUUGACGAGUGUUCGAAGGGAUUGGCUAAUUGCCAUGCGUAUUCGGUUUGCGUAAAUACGAUUGGAUCAUACCAGUGCAAGUGCGUUGAUGGGUAUUUCUCCAAUGGCACCAGUAUUUGCUUACCUACAUCAGACAUGUGUCCAGACGGCACCAUCUGCGAUCACAAUGCCUAUUGUCAUCUCGCAGAUAACUUCAAGUACACUUGCAAGUGCAAUGUCGGUUGGGCUGGUAAUGGCUUCAUCUGUGGCCGCGAUCGAGAUUUGGACGGAUGGGUCGAUUUUGACUUAAAUUGCGCUGAUAUACGGUGCAGACGCGACAAUUGUCCCGAUUUGCCAAAUUCCGGGCAGGAAGAUGCAGACAAUGAUGGCAUAGGAGAUGGUUGUGACGAUGAUGCUGAUGGAGAUGGCGAGAAGAAUGACCAAGAUAACUGCCCUUUUGAUUAUAAUGACAAUCAGUCAGACUCGGACCAUGAUGGCGUCGGAGAUGCCUGCGACAAUUGUCCGUUUGUGCCGAAUCGGAAGCAAUUGGAUUCGGAUCGCGAUGGCAUGGGCAACGAUUGCGACGACGACAUCGAUAACGAUAAUAUUGCGAAUAUGUACGACAACUGCCCAACUAUGCCGAACCCAAAUCAGUCCGACGGGGACAACGACGGUAUCGGUGACGCCUGCGAUAACUGUCCGACAAUACCAAAUCCAUCGCAGGAGGACAGAGAUAACGAUCUGGUAGGAGAUGCAUGUGACUCGGAUAUUGAUGGAGAUGACGAUGGCAUACAGGACAGCGAAGAUAACUGCAACUCUAUAAGCAAUUCAGAUCAAUUGGAUACGGAUGGAGAUGGAAAAGGAGACGCUUGUGAUGAUGACAUGGAUGGAGAUGGGGUUCCAAAUCAUCGCGACAAUUGCCCGCUGGUCAGGAAUCCCGAUCAAACAGAUUUAAAUCGCAAUGGAAAAGGUGACAUUUGCGAGUACGAUGAGGAUGAGGACGGCACACCCAACUUCAUUGAUAACUGUCCGAACAACUCAAUGAUAUAUUCAACUGACUUCCGCACGAUCCGUUCGGUAAUCCUCGAUCCCGAGGGUGAUGCGCAGCGCGAUCCCAAUUGGGAAGUGCAUGCUAAUGGCUCUGAGAUUGUUCAAACUCUCAACAGCGAUCCAGGCUUGGUGGUUGGACACGAUGCUUUUGGUGGCGUGGAUUUCGAAGGCACAUUCUACGUCAACGAUGACACAGAUGACGAUUAUGUUGGUUUCAUAUUUAGCUAUCAAAGCAACCGCAAGUUCUAUGUAGUGAUGUGGAAGAAAGCCGCACAAACUUAUUGGGAAUCAACGCCUUUCCGUGCUUCAUCAGAACCUGGUAUACAAAUCAAGUUGGUCGACAGCAUCACUGGACCUGGCUCAAUGUUGCGUAAUAGCCUUUGGCAUUCGGGCGAUACACCGGAUCAAGUCAAGCUGCUGUGGAAGGAUCCAUUGAAUGUGGGUUGGAAGGAGAAGACUUCCUAUCGCUGGUCGCUGGUGCAUCGACCGGCUAUAGGUCUGAUUCGCUUGAGAAUGUACGAAGGCCAACAUUUAGUCUUGGACUCACACAAUGUGUACGAUUCCACGUUAAAAGGAGGACGCCUCGGAGUUUUCUGUUUCUCACAAGAGAUGAUUAUUUGGUCGGAUUUGAUAUAUAAAUGCAACACGCGUGUUCCGGGUCUCAUUUACAAUGAAUUACCACAUACACUGAAGCAGAGAGUGGAAGUGGACAGAUAGGCGCUGCGUUUGGUGAAAAAUAUGUCAAGAUCAUAGACGUGCUAAUGUUGGACUUAUUUGUGCUUUGAUGUUAGUAAAUACUCUAUUGCUUUGUUGAACGUAUUAUUACUGGCACUUUAUAUGAAUGUACCAUAAGUACUCGGAUGUCCUUUUUCUAAUACUUCGAUAACUGAAAAUAUUUUUUAUGUUACAAUAGGUCACAAUGUAAGUUAAGAAGAUGACUAAAUAAAUUAUUAAAUACUUUUUUUUAUAAAAUACUA